AGAUACGAUUUGCACAACGGAGCGACAUCAAAGAUGGCGGGAGCCUCCGACCCACUGGAGGACAUGCUCUUCACGGAGGUGGAUGAAAAAGCCGUUAGCGACCUGGUGGGUUCGCUCGAGUCGCAGCUGGGCGACAGGAAGACUCCCGCCCCUUCGCUUUCCGACGGGACCCGGGAGGCAGCGCCGGCGGCCGCGGCUCAGUUCUCAGGGAAAGUGCUCGACCAAGUGGGGUCUGCUGAGCCGCAACAAGGGCAUCCGAAAGCGGGGUUAACCCAGGAGCCCGGCGCCAAGCCGCCGCUGUCCGCUCCGAGCCUCUCCGCCUCUACCUCCUCCGUCGCUCCCGGGGCCGCGAUCACCACCGGAGCCGGGCUACAAACUGUUGGAGCUGCUCCCCCGACUGCUUUCCCCGGACCGGGACCCGUAACUUUGCUUACUCCGCCCGCCGCCGCUGCUAGCUUCUCCCGGGCGGCUGUGGCUCCGAGCGCGGCUCCCAGCCCCUCUGCCGGCCCGGUGGCGGACGGGUCCCGGAGCGGAUCUCCCGCUCUGCUCAGUUUAAACGGAAACGGCGGAGCCGCAAAGUUGGUGAACUCGCCCGCGGUCGCGCCACCGGCCGGAGGCAGCACCGUGAUCAGUGCUGUCAGUGCCGGGGGGUCCGCGGUCAUCAACCCCAUGACUUCUCAGCCCACUUUCCCGGGACCGGCUCCCACCGUGGUCCUGCAGAGACAGCCCGGCCCCGCGGCCACCGUCACCCAGAACGGGUUGGACCCUAAGGUGGUGACCCAGGGCGCCCCCCCAGCCUCCAGCCCUCAGGUGAUGAACCACAGCACGAUGCACACCAAGAUGCUGGUGCCCAGUCAGCCUGUGUCCGGAAACACCGUCAUCCUGACCAGCACCGCCUCUGCAGUCCAGUCCCCCAUCACCCAGACCGUGUCCAGUCCGGCUGCCAUCACCCUGACAGGGGUCAAGCCUGCCAUGAACGGGCUGGCUCAGCCCGCGGUGGCUGUGGUGAGGCCUCCGGGCGGCCCCUUGGUGGCCACCUCCCUCCAGCAGCAGAGACCCGCUAUGGUGGCGAGCUCGACCCGGGCAGCUGCCCCUCAGCUCCCUCUGGCUGUCCGGCCCCAGCAGCAGACCACCAUCCAGCUGCCCCCCGGCUUCACCAUGCCUGCAGGUAUGGUUCUGGUGCGGACGGAGACGGGUCAGCUGGUCAUGGUCCCUCAGCAGGUCCUGGCUCAAGCUCAGGCCAAGACCCAACAGGCCCAGACGGUGGCCAACCUGAACCAGAGACCUGCCACACCCACGGCUGGGGCCACCAUCCGGGUACGUCCGGUACUGACCGCUCCUGUCACAUCCCACACCGUCCGCCUGGCCUCCCCCGCUCCAGCCAGGAUGGUUCAGUCUCCCUCCACCACCACUGUGCAGAAGGCCAUCACCGUGGCCCCUGGCGGUGCAGCGGUGUCUGUGAAGAUGACCACACCUCAGAAGGCUCCAACGGUGAUAACAGCCGGGGGGACGUCCGCAGCCAAACCUGCCGCCCCCCUGACCCCCACGACCCCUGCUGCCACGCCCCCCACCAGAGUCACCGUGGUGUCGCAGGAGAUGCAGGAGAACGUGAAGAAAUGCAAGAACUUCCUGGCCACACUCAUCAAGCUGGCGUCCCACAAUUCUCCCUCCCCAGAUACCUCCAAGAAUGUGAAGGCCCUGGUGCAGGACCUGCUCGAUGCUAAGAUCGAGCCGGAGGAGUUCACCACUCGGCUGCAGGCCGAGCUGAAGUCCUCCCCUCAGCCCUACCUCAUUCCCUUCCUCAAGAAAAGUCUCCCUGCCCUGCGUCAGUCUCUGCUCAGCAGCCAGCAGUCUCUGAGUGUCCCCAGCACCUCCACCCCCCCCCCGGCCGCCCCCGGCUCCAUCAGCACCACCGCCAUCAGGCCCCGGCUGCCCGUCAGUCCGGCGAGCAGCACCAUCAAACUGAACACGCCGCUCACUAACGCAACCGCUCUGGCCGUGGGCAGAGCCGGAGUCCAGACGGUCCAGUCCCGGUCGCCGGUCGUCAUCAGUCAGACCCUCAGACCUCAAGCGACGCUCAUCAGAGGAUCUCCCACCAUCGUCGGCAGGAGUCUGGUUAACCUGGCGUCUCAAGCCAAUCAGAAGAAACUAAGCGACCCAGGGGGCGGGACGUUCAGAGAUGACGAUGACAUCAACGACGUGGCGUCCAUGGCCGGCGUCAACCUUAACGAGGAGAACGCCCGGAUCCUGGCCACCAGCUCGGAGCUGGUGGGCACGAAGAUCCGCUCGUGUAAAGACGAAGCCUUCCUGCCUCCGGGGCUGCUGCACCGCCGCAUCCUGGACACGGCAAAGAAGCUGGGUGUGAGCGAGGUGCCGCUGGAGGUGGUGAACUUCAUCUCUCACGCCACUCAGUCCAGACUGCGCUCGCUGCUGGAGAAGGUGUCGGCCGUCGCUCAGCAUCGAACAGACGGAGGAAAGGAUGAAGAUCAUCACGAACAGUCGUCAGACGCUCGCUCGCAGAUUCGCUUCUUCGAGCAACUCGAGCGAAUGGAGAAACAAAGGAAAGAUGAACAGGAGAGAGAGAUUCUGCUGAAGGCUGCAAAGAGUCGUGCGAGACAAGAGGAUCCAGAACAGGCUCGCCUGAAGCUGAAGGCCAAAGAGAUGCAGCAGAACGAGUUGUUCCAGAUGCGACAGCGAGACGCGAACCUCACGGCCCUCGCCGCCAUCGGGCCACGCAAGAAACGCAAGCUGGACUCCCCGGGCGGAGCCGCGGCGCCCGAGGUGGCCUCAGGCUCGGGCGCCGGCCCCUCUGCGUCCCCCUCCUCCCGCCAGCAGCUCCGUCAGCGGAUCACUCGUGUCAACCUCAGGGACUUCAUCUUCUGUCUGGAGCAGGACCGCAGCACGGCCCGCUCGCUGAUGCUCUACAAGGCGCUGCUGAAAUGAGUCCCUAGGGGUCGCAGACUGAUCACACGUCAGCUCCUCGCUGUGUCCUCGUGUCCUCUGAGGUGUCUCUCGUCUUUAGGCGCUGCAGUACGUCUGAACUCUACUUCCUGGUCAUGUCUCUUUUUUAAUGGCAGGCGUUAGUUUCACAUUUCAGUUCCGUGUUAUUUCGCCGAAGUAACGACCGCGUCACACCAGAACAUCUGAACUAACCCGCGUGCCUUCAUUAAGAUCUGUUCUGAGGUCAGAGGACGCAGAUCAACAAACCAGAGCUGGAGUCACUGGUUCAUCUCGUCUCUGAAUCGAGUCGGAGGCUGACGGCGGUUUUAACGGACGUGACCCGAACGCAACUGCUGAAUGAAAACGCUGCAGCUCGAUAUGUGAACAUCGUGAAUCUCUGGUAUCAGACUGAAGAGGUGCAGCUCUGCUCUGAUUGGAUGAUGCCACACAGACUUGAUCAGUUCUGGUGUGAUCAGGUCUUUAGACAGAUUUUUUUUAACGUUUUUUAUUCCUCGUCGCCACAUCUACUUCCUGGUCCCUACAUUACCCACAGUGCAUCUGGUCUGUUAGUGGCAGCUGACGUAUCCUGGGGGGAUCGUUCCCCCAAGAUGGUUCUUUCCUCUGAUUGGUACAAACUGGUUCAGUGAACGCAGCCUCUUCACACCUGGAAACAGGAGGAAAACACCUGGAUCUGAACAUAUGACCAGGUCCCGAUGUGACGUCACCGUGAUGUCAUGAUUCCGUCACCUGGGACAUUAACAUGUGGACUCUGCCGAUGCGGAGACGACAUCUAAUCUCAAUCCUCCAACGUUUCAGAUCCUGUGUGGCGGUCGUUUGAACGCCGCGCUGAUCAAUUAGCUUGUUUUUAACCUUUUCAGAUGGUAGGUCACAUGUCCACUGGUCUCAGUGGUGAGAUGCUGUCGUACCAACAGUUCUUUUAAUGUUCGUGUGGACACUCGACCUUAAGGCAGCAGUUCAACAUUAUUUCGUCUUGUUCAUGUCUCUGCAGAACAAAUGUUUCUCACACUGUCUCCAGUCUUUAUGCCAAGCUAAGCUAGCUGUCUCUUGUCUUUAUGUUAGCUAGCUGUUUGCUCACAGCUCCACACUGUGCUAAGAUAAGCUAGCUGUUUAUUCUUGUUUUCAGACUUUAUGCUUAGCUAGCUAUUUCCUCCCUAGCUUUAUAUUAGGACAUGAAUGUGUCUCGAAGAAACAGGAAGUUAACGAAAAUGUUGAACUGCUUGUUUAAGUCAAAUGAUUGACCGUUUGGUCGCAGGAAGUGGGUUCCGGAAACAGGAAACAGACUCAGGCUACGUUCAGGAAGAUGAACAACAUCUAACUUCACUCCAGACGUUCUUCCUCCUCCUCUUCCUCUCGGGUCACGUGUGAUUUGAUUUUGAUCUCGUCUCUGUUUUAACCACGUGAUGACGUUGGAUGAAUCAUGUGACAUGUGAUGAGCCAAUCAGAGCUGGUGGUGUGUUGACACGAUGUGACGUUCAAGCCACUCGGCAGCAACGCGACACUUCAACCGCGAACUGCUAACGAAUCUGUAGCUGACGAUGCAGUUUGUUAAUAAAGUUCUAAAGGGGGCGUGUCCGUGGAAGGUUUUUAACGCUUUAAUGUCUUUUGGUUUCUUUGUCGUGAAUUGUUGGAACUGAAGCUGUGUGUUCUGUGCGUCACUGUCGUCACGGCAACACACUAACACGUCUGUUGGAAGGAUCAUUUUUUGUGAGUAUUUAUAUUUCCUACAUUCUGUACUCGAUCCUGACGCAUUUCAGGAAAUGCAAUUUUACAGUCAUUUGUACCUUUGCAAAAAAAAUUCAAUAAAGAAAAUUAAGACGAA